UCCGGGGGCCGCCGAGCGAGGGCUUGCCCAGCAUGUCUCCAGUGGCAGAGAAGGACAGAGCAGUUGUUCAGCUCCUGCUCGAUGCUGGCACAUGCCCACGAUGUGUCCUGAGGUUCUGCUCUGUGGGCUCACAGCUGCUCUACAGACACCCACAACAGGAUCUGCUGAAGGAUCUGCAGGAAUUCCUGAGGAAGAGCCAGGAACAGGAGGGCACAGAGUGUUUGGAGGUGGCUGACCCUCCUUGUAAGAGACUCAGGCUGGAGCACCAGGAGGAAGGGGCUGCUGAGCUGAACCACAACGGGGCCACCCCACAGCUCCCCCCAGCUGGGGAUACUGGGAACACUGGGAAUGCUGGGAAUGCUGCCCUGGACAGCUCUGCUGGGAGGGUCUGCAACGUGUGUUUGGGAAUUCUCCAGGAGUUCUGUGAGCCUGACUUUGUUAAAAAGGUGUGCCAAAAAGUGAAUUCUGCUGACUACCAGUUCACCAGUUUUGUAUUUUCUGUGUCACUGCCCCCACAGCUGUCUGUCAGGGAGCGUGCUGCUUGGCUGGGGGUGAAGCAGCAGAUGAGAAAUCUGGGCCUUCCCUUCGCUAAGGAUGACAUUGUUCAGCUGAAGGAAGCUUACAAGUGGAUUAUUCAUCCCCAGCUGGCAGAAGAGUUGGGUGUUCCUGCUGAUGGAAAGAGUUUGUUUGAAGUUAGUGUGGUCUUUGCUCACCCAGAAACAGACGAGGAGUGCCAUUUCCUAGCCACAGCCUGCCCAGACUGUUUCAAACCAGCGAAGAACAAACAGUCUGUUUUCACCAGAAUGGCAGUUAUAAAAGCCCUGGAGAGGAUAAAAGAAGAGGAUUUUCUCAAGCAUUUUCCAUGUCCCCCAAGCUCACCAAAGAACCUCUGUGAUGCUCUGGAAAUCCAGUGCAAUAAUGGUGCAGUUUUUGUGGCUGGAAGAUACAACAAAUAUUCCAGGAAUUUACCUCAGACUCCCUGGAUUAUUGAUGGGGAGAGGAAGCUGGAAUCUUCAGUGGAAGAAUUGAUUUCAGAGCAUCUGAUGGCAGAAUUCAAGGCAGACAGCUUUAAUUUUAGUUCCUCUGGAAGAGAAGACGUGGAUGUGAGGACACUAGGCAAUGGACGGCCCUUUGCGAUGGAGCUGGUGAAUCCCCGCAGGAUCCGUUUCAGCGCCCAGGAGAUGAAGAGGCUGCAGCAGGCAAUUAAUGACUCUUCAGACAAAAUACAAGUUCGAGAUUUGCAGCUUGUCACCAGAGAGGCAAUUGGUCGUAUGAAGGAAGGUGAGGAGGAGAAGACAAAGACCUACAGUGCCUUGAUAUGGACAGACAAAGCGAUAGAGAGGGAGGACAUCGCGUUUCUCGAUGAUAUCAAGGAGCUGAGGCUGGAGCAGAAGACGCCGCUGCGGGUGCUGCACCGGCGGCCGCUGGCCGUGCGCUGCCGCCUCAUCCACAGCAUGAGCAGCGAGUACAUCGACCAGCACCACUUCAGGCUGCACCUCAGGACACAGGCAGGAACCUACAUUAAGGAGUUUGUGCACGGAGACUUUGGGAGAACCAAGCCCAACAUUGGGUCCCUCCUGAACAGAACUGCUGACAUCCUGGAGCUGGAUGUAGAGUCUGUUGAUGUUGACUGGCCUCCAAGCCUGGCUGAUUAACCCUGGAGCUGGGAUGAGGAAGCAGCAGCUCCCUGGCAGCAGCUGGUGACCAGACACUGUGCAGGACCUGUUACAGCCUGGGUGCCAAGGGUGUCCCUGGAACACUGGCAUCAGGGUCAUCUGCCACAGGAUACCCUUGGGCACCACUUUACACACUCAGGACCAGGUAUUGGUUCAACCUCAAGCCUUACUUUUAUUUCUUCUGUACAUAAAAAGAUUUUGGGGAGCCAAUGUCUGUAACCCUCCAUCAAGCCAGGUUUUAUUUUAAACUCUUUCUCUAUUGGAUACUACAGGUUUCCUUGUGUGGAUGCAGGUAACAAUGAGUUACCUGAAACCCACUCCCAACUUUUCCUGACACUGCUUUUUUUUUGGUCAGUGGCAGUAGAGAAAAGCAGAUUUGUCUCUCAGAGUGCUUUUCAAGGGGAAAAAAAAAGUUUUCCAAGGAAAACUUUGCACUUAAAACCAAGUUUUUCUCAUUUAAAAACAUUGGGGAUGCUUCCUAGAAACAAGAGUUGAGGCUUCCUCAGCCCUUUGAGGAGUAGGAAUUCCCCAGUGAGUCACCAUGUACAAAAAGACUGGGAACUCCUGGUGGGUGAUGGGAAUGUAAAGAAAAACAGGAACAGCAAGAAUGUCAAUGAGCAGGCAGAAACAGGAGGUACCACAGGCUGCUGGUAUUGACAGAGAGAGAUAAACACCUCUGAUUUAGCAUUUAGAAUACAUUUCUUCUUGUACCUCACCUUGGAUGGAUGCCUGGAAGAGCUGAACACAGCCUAGGAACUGGAAUAGGGAAGAUCUGAGGUUUCCUUUGGUUAUUUUAAAUAUUUCCUACUAGCACCAACGUCUUUAGGAAGUCAUUUUUUAUACCAGUAUCACGUUAAUCCGUUAGGGAGGUGCUUCCCUGAAGUACAGAAGAGUUAAACUAUCAACAAGAAAUUAAGGUUUGGAAUUUCAGAGCUCUUUGUUAACAUUUUGGGGCUAAAGAGGGCAACAUUUGCCAAGACAAGCCACUGUGUGGGGACAGGGAGGACGACUGGGAUGCCUUCCCUUGAAUUCAGU